UUUACCUAUUGCUUUGCCACAGUAACCUUGCCGUCAUGGACGAAGAAACCGCCCCGCCAACUGUCGAGCUUCAGCCGCCAUGGUGCGGAAUGUGCCGCGACUUCAUACCCGUCGACUCAAACCCAGAGGCAUCGCUGUUUGAGCAGUGGCUUAAGGUAUACCACGUUGAUGUCGAAACCUUGAACGAAAACUGCCAUCGGUGUCGUUUGCUCAAAGCCACCUUCCAUAGGCUGGAGUCUUCCCUGGAAGCAGACUACCCUGAUGUGGAAUUCAUCGAUGAUAGCCAGCAGGGCCAGAACAAGAGCAUGUGGCUUAGCCUAGAAGAGGGCGACAUCGUUACAGUGCGAUGCACCUGGCUUGGGAAGACAAAGUCAGGGGCAAGGCUUCACCAUGAUUCAUUCGAUAGGAGUGUUAGAAUCUGUCCUGCCGUUCAGUCCGAGGUCCCCGCAACUGCUGAAGCAGAAACUCUCACCAGUCUGCGCUGGAGCCCUAAAUCACAGGAGAGCCUCCAAUUUCUCAAAGAUGCGCUCCAUACUUGCGAACUAGGAGACGGUGAACACCAGUUUUGCUUUCAACAAAACCCAGAGUUACCGGCCCGGCUGGUACAGAUCAUGGAUGACGAGUCCUUGAGGCUAUACGAGCCCCAACCUGGUGAAAGAGGCACUUAUGUUGCUCUGAGCCAUUGUUGGGGACCCCGCGAAAAACUCCCUAUCAAGACCACCAAGCAAACGGUCCUUCAACACAAGGACUGCAUUCUCUGGAAUGACCUAUCAGCCGUCUUCCAAGACGCCAUCUGGCUUAGUCGACAACUUGGGAUCGAGUACGUCUGGAUUGACUCGCUAUGCAUUAUUCAAGAUGACGAGCGGGACUGGGAGAUUGAAUCGACAAAGAUGGCACGAUACUACUCCGGGGCACAUCUUACUAUUGCUGUGGAAACAUCGCCAGAUGGUUCUGUUCCGUUUCUCCGAGAAAGCGAUGAUCGGUGGCAACGAAUGGUUUACCUGACACAUGACCGAACUGGUCGCCCAUGCAACUACAUCGUGAGGGAACACCACAUGAACGAGUUGUAUUUGUAUGGGGGGAACGACAACUACUUCUCUGCCGGAAGCUCUCUGCUGCCGCAUCGCGCCUGGACGCUCCAGGAAUCGGUUCUAUCAAGUCGAAUCGCACACUUCACGCCUUCCACUGUGAUAUGGCAUUGCCAGGGCCAGUCUGCAUGCGAAGACGCACACCGAGUAUUGGGAACAGGGAUAUCAGAAUGGAAUGCCCAGAAAGCUUUACAUGAACUAUACAACGCGCCGAUAACAGACGAAAAUCGCACACAAGCGGCCUGGAAACUCUGGGGAUCACUUGUAAAGCAGUACACGUACCGAAAGUGCACCUUUGCAAGCGAUCGACUCCCUGCCAUCGGCGGAAUAGCAGAAUACUUUGCACCAAGCUUUGAGGGAAGAUACCUGGCGGGAAUUUGGGAAGCUUACCUGCCGCAUAGCCUAUGCUGGACUCGAGAAGGGGAAAUUUGUAGUCUGGCAUUGGAAGAGAGCAUUGCGCCCACAUGGUCGUGGGCAUCGCUACCUCCAGGCAUUGGGCUCGCUCAUCGCACGGAGGAAUUCCAUGUGGAACUUGAGCCAGAAUAUCAGCCCAAAAUACUGGAAGCCUUCUGCAAAACGUCUGAAGUAGCACCAUUUGGGCGGGUAAGUGGGGGACACAUCUUGAUGGAGGCGCCCCUGUUUGAGGUCAAGGUCACCUGCGCGGUUCCGCAACCCAAAGUCCCCGAAGUCUUCAUACACACCGUUUCGUUCGGCCCAGAGGCUGGAGAUUUGAGCAAAGCCGAGUUCACAGUCACCGAGGACUGCCAUCUGGCAGUGGAAAACGGCAACGUUGCGAGAGCAACUGAAAGUGUGCAAGUGAAGUAUCUCCAGGAUCCGUCCACAUUCGAGGCAACAGCUUGGGUUUUGUGGUUAAGUGGAGUGAGGGAUAUUUGGAUGAAUGGGUUGAUUCUGGGACGCGAUCCAAGCUCUGGGCAUUAUCAAAGGGUGGGAUGCUUGCAUGUGGAGAAAUUGGACAAGGACAGUUUUCCAAAUCAGCCUGCUCGGAGGGAGAUCAAAUUGGUAUAGGUUCUUUGGCUGCGUAUCGGAUUAUUGAAGGUGUGUAGAGGUAGCUUGUGUUUUGUUGAUGAAUGUCUCGUAACCUGAGGAAGGACAAUAUUUUUCUC